GAUAUAAACACAUGUUGUUCACUUCCGGUUAUCUUGAAACACGAUGAUGACCACCAAAUCUUUAUCGGCACUUAAGUUCAUACGUUGUUUAAAAGUGGCACCAGUUUGUUCAACCCACUCUCACUUUCACAAUGCAUUACAAAACAACUAUUGCACUGGCUCUAGCAAUGGAGACGAGAAUGAUAAGUCGAAAAGGAAACCAUAUGAUGUUGACCCAAGGUCUUUGAAAUCAUUUGUCAGUGACAUGUACACAGGUCAAUCGGAUGAAGCAGUUGAAGUAUUUCCUUCUGAUGAAGUUGAUCUCAAUGAACUUGCAAAUACUAAAAAGUCACACACAGACAAGUCAAAUAUAGCUAAUAGAUCCGGAACUGAUCCUUCACUGACGUCAGUUCUGAUGUUUCCAGGUCAGGGAAGUCAUUUUGUCGGAAUGGGUAAAAAACUCCAGCACAUUCCAAGCGCUAGAGACGUUUAUGACCGCGCUAGUGGUAUUCUGGGAUAUGACUUACUGGAGCUCUGUUUAAAAGGACCACACUCAAAGUUGUCAAAAACUGAGUUCUCUCAACCUGCAAUUGUGGUUACUUCAUUGGCAGCAGUGGAAAAACUACGAGAAGAGAAACCAGAGGCUGUCGACGCUUGUAUUGCUGCUAUAGGCUUCAGCGUAGGGGAGAUAACAGCCCUGAUGUUUGCAGAAACUCUGUCUUUUGAAGAUGGAAUCAGUCUGAUCAGGUUAAGAGCCAGGGCUAUGCAGAGGGACUCGGAAGUGGUCUCCAGUGGCAUGAUGACAGCUAUGUGUGAUAUGAACACCUACCUUAAAGAAGCCAUGUUAGCUGCUCGAGAAUACUGCAAAACUAAAGCAGGGAUUGAGAAUCCUGUGUGCAACGUGACGGCCUUCGUGGGAACAGAUAUUAAAGUUAUAGCUGGUCAUACUGAGGCUUUGGAUUUCAUGCAGGAAACUCAAAAAGACUUCGGAAUUCGCCAUUUAAAAAGGCUCAAUGUAAGCGGUGCGUUUCACACAAGCCUUAUGAAAGAAGCAUCAAGGGAUGUUGCGAAGUCAUUGAAGGACAAGAAGUUCAAUGUUGGCAAAGUACCGGUGUAUUCUAAUGUGACAAGCAAUGCAUACUCAACCAAUCAUAAACAGAUAAAGCGAAAUGUAUAUGAGCAAAUUGUUAAGCCCAUUAAAUGGGAACAGAUAAUAAAGAACAUUUACCAGCGUUCCCCGGGAACUGCCUACCCAAAUACGUACGAGGUUGGACCAAGGAGAUCACUAGGUCACCUUCUGAGAUCAACAGACAAAAAAGCUGUGAGAAAGUACAAAGCCGUGGAUGUGUAACAGCCAUUUCCUAUUAAAGUUUUCUGUAACCUUGA